UACUGGAAAAUUUAAGUUUUAUCAUGUCACCCUUUCUGUUUCGUUUCUCUCUGUAGACGCUUUGAAAGGACGACGCAAAGAGAGAGAGAGAGGGGAAGACGAUAGAGAUGGAUCCAGACGCAGUAGCCAAGGCUUUCGUGGAGCACUACUACACCACCUUCGAUUCGAAUCGUGCAGGAUUGGUCUCUCUUUACCAGGAAGGAUCCAUGUUGACCUUCGAAGGGCAGAAGAUCCAGGGCUCUCAGAACAUCGUCGCCAAGCUCACCAGCCUUCCUUUCCAGCAGUGCAAGCACAACAUCACCACCGUCGAUUGCCAGCCCUCUGGUCCCGCCGGCGGCAUGCUCGUCUUUGUCUCCGGCAAUCUUCAGCUCGCUGGCGAACAGCACGCUCUCAAGUUCAGCCAGAUGUUCCAUUUGGUAUCGAAUCAGGGAAACUACUACGUGUUCAACGACAUAUUCAGGUUGAACUAUGCCUGAGGAAUCUAGUUGCAGAGACUGAUGGAUCUUUGGUGGGUUAAUUCAUGUUGGUUUUUAGUAGAAUUGAAGCUUGUUUUGCUCUCUGUCUUUACUUUAAUCAAUGGAGAGCUCUCUGUUAACUUUGGUUGAGAUGACUCUGUGUGAUUCAGCAAGCGGUUAUAAUCAAUUAUUACAAUGAAAAGGUGCUUCUCUGUUGGAACCCUUUUUCAUAUUGAAAAGUUUGCUGAAA